AUGAGCGACAACGAAGACGAGAGCAGCAUGUCCGAGCACGAGCUCCUUCGGACGCUCCGCGCGCUCUCGCAGCAGACGACGGACCUGCCGCAGGCGCUUCGAGGCUUGCUGGGGCAACUGGGCACGGAUCUACCGAUCUUUGACCUGAACCCGCAAUACCGCGACUUGCUCGAGCGCAUCAAGCCCGGCAGCCCCGUCAAUGUCCAAACGGCGAGCCUCGCGGACCUCGUCGAGAUGCUUUCGAUGACGACAGAGGAGAUGUUGACGAUCGCGGGCUUUGAUCUGCAGGCUUUCGUCCCGGUACUUGCGACCCUCAUUCAAUCGCCUGCGACCAUUGACGUGCUGCUCCACGCCUCGCGGGCGCUUGCGGCGCUUCUCGACAUGUACACGUCGCCGACUGUAUUGGACCUUACGCUGCAGUCGGACGUUGUCGCGAGUCUUUGCGAGAAGCUCCUCAACAUUGAGUACAUGGACGUGGCCGAGAUUGCGCUGCGCAUGCUCGAGCGCAUCGCGUCGUCGACAGCCGACGGCGUCCGGUCCCUCGUCCUCGAUGAGAAUGCGCUCAUCGCGCUGCUUCAGUUUGUCGAUUUUUUCUCGACCGACGUCCAGCGCGGCGCCGCCCGCACCGCCGCCCUCCUCUGCACGGCCGUCCCCAUGGCGUCCUGGACGCAAGUGGAAGCCGCGCUCCCGCUUUUGCAGAAUCUCACCAAGUCGUACGACGCGCAGAUCGUCGGCUCGGGCUGCGAAGCGCUUCAGCGACUCUGCGAGAGCCCAUGCGUGCGUGCGACGCCGUCGAUCCUCGACCACGUCGUCGACACGCCGCUCGAAGCCUACCUCCUGGAGCAGCUCGUCACGUAUACGCAAGCGCGCCGGCCCGACAACAUGGCGCUCGCUACGUACGCAACGCUACUGCACCUCUUUGGCGUGCUGUGCCAUCUGCGCGAGUCGCCCUUCCUCGUGUCGAACGCAGACGUGCGCUCGGUGCUCUUUGCCGUGCUCUCGUCGCAUGGGUCGUCGCAGGUCGUCGACGAAGCGCUCUUCUUCCUUGGCGCGAUCUUGCCGACCGAGCAUGCCUCGUCGGCCUACGUAGACGCUGUCGCCGGCCUCGUCGAGACCGUGGUACCUUCCCUCUUUGCGUCCUACGACGCAACCCACGACGCCAAGUACCUCGGGAAACUCCACGUGCUCGUGACGUUUCUUUCGCACAGUGUCUUGAAGCACGAUCGUCUUCUCUGUCAUUUUGUCGCGGCCAGCGUCCAGCGCAAUGAUCCGACCGAGAUGGCGCUGGCCGAAGCGCUCAUUGGGCUCGCCAUGACGCAUGCGCCGUCAGUGUAUGCACCGGCCUUUGUCCGCGACGGUGUCGUCGAAGCCCUAGCCGCCAACCCGGCCUACGCAACGCUCGUCGCCACGUCGUUUGCGUCGGCGCCCACUACAAGUGCUGUCCUUGAGGCACUCCGACACAUUGUCCAACUGCAGCAUACCGAUGAGGUGUGGCAGAGCCUGCAGACCCUCCUCGCCACCGAGACACCGACGCCGUAUGAGCUCCGAUCGAGCGGCCUCGUGCCGUCACUCCUGACGCGCCUGCGGGACGCACCGUCCUCUGCAGCAGCGUUUACGCAGUGGCCCAUUCUGGCGUCAGUGCUUCGCGAUGCAAUUGGUGUCGAGGUCCAGAGCCUCGAGGCGGGCGAUGCGACGCUGAUGGGCCUCGGCUCGACGCUCUCGAUGGUCGAGCUGCUCGGCCAGCACCUCAAGAUGCGUCUCCGCGCCGAGUCGUCGACCAAACCGCUCGACGCGGUCGUGCUCGUGGAGCCCCUUGCCCGCAUCGAGACGCUGGAAGAGUUUGUGGCCGACAAGGUCUUUGGGAAGGCCGACUUGGUCCGUGCCGAAGACGACACAACGAACGACGAGCCGGAUGACGCCGGCUUUGAUCCCAGACCACCCUCGCGCAUGCAAGUGCUGCUCAGUGGCAUGCCCGUGCCGUCCGAGUGGACGGUCAUCGAGGCGCUCGUACGCUCGGCGCCGCAGGAGACAUUGCCCGUCGACGUUAGCGCGCUGUGGCAAGCGCCCCAAGUGCUCACGUUCGUCCCACGCGCCGCGACCGAGACGGAAACAAGUGUCGGCGUCGAUGAUGCGAUCGCCGAGACAGACACGGCGACGCCGUUCUGGGCCUACUUGGACUUGCUCGCAGUGCUUUGUAAGGAGGCACCGACCGUUGACGUGGUGCAGCCGGCGGUCGCCGCGUACAUUGACUCGUGUCUCCUGCAGCCGAUGCUCGUCGUGCUCGAGCUGCUUCCGCGCAGCUGCCGCCGCAUCGUCCAGAACUAUGCGUUUCUGCUGCCGCGGGAAACCAAGCUGCAUUACCUCUACGGCACGCGCUUUGGCCCCGCCCGCGCGCUGCAGUACCUCGGCCGGACGCUUUGGAAGCACGCGGUGCGCCGGCCAUCGGGGACACCGGACAAUGCGCUCGCGACGGCCGUCUCUCGGGUCGCGAAGCUGCCACGACUCAAGGUCCGCGUUGCCCGCGCCAAGCUCCUCGCGUCGGCCAGCAAACUCCUGCACGCGUACGGCGGCAUGAAGGCGAUCAUCGAGAUCGAGUACCUCGGGGAAGUCGGCACGGGACUCGGCCCGACGACCGAGUUCUUUUCUCUUGUGUCGCGUGAAGUCCAGGCGCAGCACCUCCGCCUCUGGCGCCACGACGGCCCAAUGACCGAGCGCAAGGCCAGCAUCGACGAGAAGGUGCUCGCGGCCAACGCCCACGCCAUGCCCGUGCGCGGCUACCACCGCAUUGCCGUCUUGCACUGCCCGUCCUGCGCGGUCGUGACGUUUCCGCACUGCACCAACUGCAAGUGUCUCUGCACGGGCAACGAUGGGGUCUGUGCGAGCUGCGACGCGCCGCCGUCACUGGCAUGCCAAACUGCGAGCUGCGAGGCCAAAGAGAUGACGCUCUCGUUUUGGAUUCUGAGCAACGACGAAGUGGCGUACCUUGCGCGCGCGUACCCGCGGCAGAAGGCAAGCGUCCGCCACCCGAUGCUCAAGUGCAGCCAUUGCCACACGGUGAGCUUCCCGGGCACCGACUCUGGCAUCGUCGUUCUCGAUGGAGACCGCAUGGUGUCGCGGUCAGGCCGCCGCAUGUACGAGCGCGACUACCGCGCCGUCACCAAGCACGUGUCGGCGCUCUGCGAAGGCACGCCCCUCAAGCAGAUCAACGUCCAACUGGACAAGUCGGCGGUUGAUGUCCUCAUCGCGCUAAGUCCCACCACGCCGGAAGUGCUCGACACCCAAGUCGACGGCCUCGGUAUCGACGCGUCGUUCAAUACGGACGUGGUCAUGGUGCAUGCGCCGCACGGCCUGUACCCGGCGCCGCUCCCGUCCAGUGACGAGCCAAAAGCGACCGUCCUUGGGUGGUUUACGUUUCUGGGCAAGCUUGUAGCGCAGGCACUGCUGGACGAGCGCCUCCUCGACCUUCCGCUGGCACGACCGUUCGUGCAGGCGCUGCUCGGCAAGUCGCUGGUGAGUGAUUUGGACGCGGCGCUGGACCAUGCCCGGGCAGUGGACCCUGCGAUUGGCGCGUCGCUGGACUAUCUGCACGCACACCGCGACGACCCAGCGAUUGACGAGAUGGGCUUGAGCUUUGUGCUCUUGGGCAACGCUGACGUGGAGCUCUGCGAAGGCGGCGCUGCCAAGCCAGUGACCCGCGACACUGUGGCCGAGUUUGUGCGCGCCAGCCUCGAGAUGCUUUUGGAAAUUUCGAUUCGCGACCAAGUCGCAGCCUUCCGCGCGGGCUUUGGCAGUCUUGUGCCACUGGACGCGCUCGACUGCUUGUCGGCCGACGACUGGCUCGCGCUGCUCUCGGACCCGACGACCGAGCUCUGGCCCGGCGGCGCCGACGAGCUCCAAGCGCACAUGGUGUGCGACCACGGCUACGGCAGUGAGAGCCGAGCCAUCCGCUGGCUCGUCCAAGUGCUCACGGAGCUGACGCCCGACGACCAGCGGCUCUUUGUGCGCUUUGUCACGGGGUCGCACCGCCUGCCGCUGGGUGGGCUGGGGAAGCUCUCGCCGACGCUGACGGUCGUGCGCAAGCUGAGCCCGGACGAGUCGUCUCCGAGCGACGAGAUGCUGCCGUCGGCGUCGACGUGCACCAAUUACCUCAAGCUGCCCGACUAUAGCUCGAUCGACAUUUUGCGCGCCAAGCUCCUGUACUGCAUCCGCGAAGGGCAGCUCAGCUUCCACCUCUCCUAGUCGAACGGUUACCGGUCUACUCUAGUACAUGUUUUGUUUUUGGCUCGUC